AUGUUUGCAAGGUCUAGAUUCUUCUUCAUGAAGAAUUCAAGUAUAUUGAAUGUAUUAAAACAGAAUACUUGUAAAAUACUGUUAACUCCUCAACUUCAGAGUCAAAAACUCAAUUUUUCAAAUUUAUUCAAAAGAAGAUUUCUAUCUACAACUAUUUUAAGUACAAAUGGAACAAUUGUUGGUGUUGGUAAUAAUAUCAAAGGUACUAGGAUUGUUCCUCCGAAAUCUGUGGGGUAUUGGCUUCUAGGCGCUUCUAGCUUAAUUUUCGGUAUUGUUGUUAUUGGAGGUCUUACGAGAUUAACUGAAUCAGGUCUUUCUAUAACUGAAUGGAAACCAAUAACGGGUACAUUGCCUCCAUUAUCACAAUCAGAUUGGGAAGAAGAAUUUAAUAAAUAUAAAAAUUCACCGGAAUUUAAACAAUUGAAUUCACAUAUUAAUAUUGAUGAUUUUAAAUUUAUAUAUUCAAUGGAAUGGGGACAUAGAUUAAUGGGAAGAUUUAUAGGGAUUUUUUUCGUUUUACCAGCGAUAUAUUUCUAUACUACCAAAAAAUUCCCAGCAAGAGUUACAAAACGAGUAGUUGGUUUAACUUGUUUAUUAGGAUUACAAGGAUUUAUAGGUUGGUGGAUGGUUAAAAGUGGAUUAGAUGAACAAGAAUUAUUAGAAAGGAAUUCUAAGCCUACUGUUUCACAAUAUAGAUUGACUACACAUUUAUCGGCUGCUUUCAUAUUAUAUCUUGCAGUACUAUAUCAAGGAUUUGAAAUAUUACAAGAAAACAAUUUAAUUAAAAAGGUGAAAAAUAAUAUCAACGUGUCUAAUAUCAUAGAAAAAUUACAAAGCUCACAAUUAAAUAAGUUGAGAUAUCUUGGAUUUGGUCUUUUAGGUAUUACAUUUCUUACUGCAAUGUCUGGUGGGAUGGUUGCUGGUCUAGAUGCUGGAUUAAUAUAUAAUACAUUUCCACAUAUGGGUGAUGAUUGGAUUCCAAGCAAAAAUGAGUUGUUAAGUCCAAUUUUUUCAAGAAAAUCAGAUGGUUCUGAUCUAUAUUGGAGAAAUGCUUUUGAAAAUCCAACAACUGUUCAAUUAAUACAUCGUAUAUUAGCAACAACUACUUUUUUCAGUGUUAUUGGAUUACAUAUAUGGAUGGAUAAAAAAUAUAAAACAAGAUUGCCAAAGAGUGUGAUUAAUUCCAUGAGAGUUGUGGCUGGUUUAGCUUGUUUACAAGUUAGUUUAGGGAUAACUACUUUGAUUUAUCUUGUUCCUAUAUCAUUAGGCGCUGCUCAUCAAGCUGGUGCUUUGGCUUUAUUAACAGGUGUUCUAGCUUUUGUUUCAAGAUGUAGAAAACCAAGAAAAGAAUUUGUUGAUUAUAUAAAUAAAUUAAUGAAACAACAAUUGUUAAAGAAAUAA